AUGGGCGCCCUCUGGUGUUUGGCUUUCCAGGAUGUCCCCACCAAGCUAGUGGCAAAAGCAGGACCUUUGCCGAUGGCUGUGAGAGGCCACUGGUUCCUGAGCCCUCGAACGGAGUACUGUGUCGCUGUGCAGACCGCCAUCAGACAGCCAGACGGAGACUAUCAGGUGUCUGAAUGGAGCCAAGUAGUGGAGUUCUGCACUGGGGAUUAUGCCAUGGAGCAUCUCCAGCAGCUGUUAGAUAAAGCUCAGGCCGCUGCUGGGAGGAUGCUCAGGUUCUCCGUCUUCUACCGCAAUCAGAGUCCUGAAUAUUUCCAAUAUGUGAGGUUAGUGUCAUCUGUCAUCCUCAGUCUCUCUGCUGCUUUCUACAUAUAUCUUUCCUUGACUGCUCUAAGACUGCAGUGCCUGGUUUAUCUGCAGCGUGUUUUUGAGAUUCGAGAAUGCUAGUGAACUUGACAUGAAAUGACUAUUCCUUUGUAUUCCUAAGUGCAGAGCAAAGUAUC